CCCGCGGGGCUGAGGCGUCGCCGCGCCCCGGCAGCGUGAGCGCACAGCCGGCCUCGACCCCGAGCUCGGAGCCCCGUGGGCCAAACCCGCCGCCGGCCCCACCCAUCCGGGCCGAGGAGGCCGCGACCAUGGCCGAGACGGAGGAGCGGAGCCUGGACAACUUUUUUGCUAAGAGGGACAAGAAGAAGAAGAAGGAACGGAGCAGCCGGGCGGCGAGUGCCGCGGGCGCGGCGGGCAGCGCCGGCGGGAGCAGCGGAGCGGCGGGUGGCGGACCGGGCGCGGGAGCCAGGCCGGGCGACGGCGGGGCUGCAGGCUCCGGGGCCAGGCCGAGCGACGGCGGGGCCGCCAGUGCGGGGACCGCGGGCCCCGGGGCCGCCACCAAGGCGGUGACGAAGGACGAAGAUGAGUGGAAAGAAUUCGAGCAAAAAGAGGUUGACUACAGCGGACUCCGAGUUCAGGCCAUGCAAAUCAGUGAAAAGGAAGAAGAUGAUAAUGAAAAGAGAGAAGAUCCAGGCGAUAACUGGGAAGAAGGUGGAGGUGGUAGUGGUGCAGAAAAAUCUUCAGGUCCCUGGAAUAAAACAGCUCCAGUACAAGCACCUCCUGCUCCAGUAAUUGUUACAGAAACCCCAGAACCGGCAAUGCCUAGUGGUGUGUACAGGCCUCCUGGGGCCAGGCUAACCACAACAAGGAAAACACCACAAGGACCACCAGAGAUAUACAGCGAUACACAGUUCCCAUCCCUGCAGUCCACUGCCAAGCAUGUAGAAAGCCGGAAGGAUAAAGAAAUGGAGAAGAGCUUUGAAGUAGUAAGACACAAAAAUAGAGGUAGGGAUGAGGUUUCAAAAAACCAGGCCCUUAAACUUCAGCUAGACAACCAGUAUGCUGUGCUUGAAAAUCAGAAAAGCAGCCACGUACAGUACAAUUAAGGAAUGGUCUUUGCUAACCCUUCUAAGGUAACUAGACCACAGCUAACUACCACGAACAGCCAUUCAUCAUCUGACCUCUGAUGGAUCUACAGCAACCAAUGCAGACCACUCGAUUUCAGGACUGGCCCUAUUGCACUAUGGAAGUUUAAAGUGUCACAACUGCUCUUUGUGUAUACUGGAUUCAGGGGAGUUUUCAUAGUUGUAUAAACGCGUGACCUAGAUUCAGCAGUGUUUUUUUCAUAAUCGCUCUGCAAAUACAAAAAACCAAAACCUGCAGCCAGUGGUCAUUUCAAAAAUCUUUUUAUGUUCAGAUACUGAGCCUUCGUAAGGGUUGACUACCUCAGAUUUGCUGCAUUCAUUGUGGACUUCAUGUGGCUUGCACUUCUGGAUAAGAAGGUUACAAAAAUUAAAGUGUCGGUGUGAACCUUGCAACCAGCUCUACUGGAUUCCUAUCAGAAAUCUUACAGAAAGUCAGCCAUCUGGGUUCUGAUCUGCUGUAAAACAUAAAGCUUCAAGUGACCUUAAUUAACCUGUCCUGUCCCCCACCCUAAGGAAUACUCUGUAGUAGGCUGUGGCUAUGUGAGACUUCCUGGAACAUGCCGCUCUCAAAAGAACUGAUGUGUUCAGAUCAUCUGUAUAGGGCUGUGAUUUAUAAUUUAAAUUUUCAGCUUUAGUCUGAGGUAACUGAAAUUAAAUUCCACCAAACUUGGGUCCACAAAGUGGGAAAGGGGUGGGAGGGGAAACAGUCUUGUUUGAAUAAUUUUUUUAUUUGGAUAGUACUUUUUUUGUGUUCCACAUUAAGGCCUUUUUUGCUUUGACUUGGAAUAAGUUCUUUGACAGAGCGUACAGCUUGGUUAAGUAAGUAACCUGAAAUAUGCAUUAGAAUUGUGAACUGUCUUGUGAAUUUGCCAAUCCCUAGAGUGGAACCAAAUAGCCUUUGAUAUAAAGAGUAGCAGAAGGUGGAGGCUCUACUUCAGGUGCUGCUAAAGCCUCCUCUAAUCAGGUCUAAAUUGUGUAGUAGACUGCUGUGGAAGGAGUGAUGUCUGCUCAGGCAAAGAGAUUCACUGACCUGUCGUUAAAGAUUGACAGCAACGCGAGCAAAACCUCACCUUAGCACCCUCUGAAGUUCAUGAUCUUGCAUGGUCUUGAUGAGAAUUACUUGUGUACUUGUUCCCAAAUACUUAAGGUAUUGGAUGUAGCGAUCGUCCCAACUAGCUCUGUUGUCAGCCUUUGGUGUCUUCACAGUGUUCAUUUGGAAAGGCAGGGCAAGAAAAGACAGGAAAGUAUCGCUUAUGUUUUAAUAGUUACAGCGUAAACUAUCCAGUUGUAUUUAGUCCAUGAAAGAGACUUGAGGAAGUGGCUUUCCAUCUAAUGAGAGAGUGGCAGUUUUCUAGAUUUGUGUCUUUGGUUCAAUAGAAAGUCCACAGUGGUAUGUGACCACUUGACGCAGCAGAGUCUGGGUUUCUCUGGAGCCCCUUUGCCAAACACAGGAGUAUACAGGCUUGCUACUGGCAAGAGUGAAGCAAAUGGGUGAGCAUUUUCCUACAAGUUCAUCUGUGAUGAGUGUGCCAAUGCAGGAAUUGGACCCCCAGGAAGCUAGUGUUUCCUGAAGACCUGCAGCCACUUCUGGAAAUAAUGGCAUUACUGGAGGUGGCAGGUACAGUGCCUGCCUCUGAUGUACUUGGGUGUGAGGUAUUUGAGUGAGCCAGCCAGCAGCAGGUUGGAUGGUUAGGUAAGAAAUAAGGGAUUGUUGGUUAAACUGAAGAUUUCAUUUGGGAACCAAAAACCUUAAUAGGUAAUCUCCUGGACCUUGAGUCACGUACUUAAGUAUGCAUUUUUCCCACAAAAUUUUGGGGGUUGUGUUACUGAGAAAUGGAGUGAGACAAAAUGAAGGGGUUAUUUAAUGGCAUACUGUACUGGAAAUCUGAAGACCUGCAGCAGAUUUAAAUCCAACUCUUAGUAUACUAUUUUUUAAAAGAUUGUGAAAUUAUCAAAAUGCACAUGAAUCAAGUUUUAAUAUACUGUAUGAUGGGUGGAUGAGGCUGUCCAUUGUACCAUUUCUUUCUUUGGAUUCUCAGGCAUGGUUUGGCAGUGCAAGAACUCUGUAACAUUAACAAAUUCAAUAAAAUGUAAGUAUAUGGAUCAUGGAGUGUGAUAGUUUUAUUCUGAACCCUUUAUUCUAAACCCU